AUGCAAGAGACGACAAACCAAACAAAGCCUACACCCACCCGUCGCCGACAUGGCCGAAAUGGCGGCGGUAAAGCUGCAGGGCAGAAGAUGUAUGCCUCCGAAAACGACAUGGCGAACGUUCCGAACCUGGGCUACGAACAGUUCGGUCAUCCUCAUACUCCGCAGAAGUCAUACUCAGGCUCUCCUGACCCACAGUCGGUCAUGAGUAACCAGAACAGCUCCAAGCAGCGCUCUCGCAACAAGCCUCGAGUCAAAAACUCCAACCCCAUAGCCUCCCCGGACAACGGUCGGCAUGACCGCCGCUCGACUCCCCAAAGCAUCCCCGCGAACAAUAAGCCUAGCUCAUCUACCGCAUUCGCUGGCGCAACCUUUCAUGCCUCUCCUGCCCCGUCCGCCUUGCCCAUGCCCAGCUUUUAUUCCAAGGCAGUCCCCGAAUCCCCUGGAGGCCGAGGUACCAGACAAGAAGUUCAACAACAACCAUCACCUCCAGCAACGGAUUAUGAAGCUCCAACACCUCGCCAUUCGUCAAAUGCACCUGUGGCCCGCGAGUCGCCGCUUGAUGCCAUGUUCAGAGCUGACAGAGCUGAGAAGGAAAAGGCACGGUGGGUGAGCUCUCUCCACUCAUCGGCACGGCCGCAUGGUUCAGUUUCACCACCCGUUCCUUCGUCCAAUGACAACAAUAGCCCCUUCGUCGGGAAACCUCACAACACUCAUCCGGGGCAUCGCAUGCCCAUCCAUCGAUCAUCCAGUGGCAUUUCCUCGGCAGAACUUGACGGCUUCUCUGGUAAGCCUCUCGGCCCAGCCUUUUCUACUCCUUAUCAAGACCGCAUUCGAGCUGCUCGCGCCGUUCCCAGCCUGGCAUCAGCGAACCCGAUGGGAUCGCAGGACUCCCCAUCUGAAGACCGUUCCGAGGCUUUAAAGAAGUACUUGUUCGGGGGCAAGGGCUCGGCACCAUCCCCUCAGUCUACACCUUCGAGGUCUUCAGCCCCGUACACCGACAACGGCGCCAUUGGAAACAAGCCUCAUGGUGAAGAAGGUCGGUCUUCUGAUCUGCGUGCUAUGGAAGAUAAUCUUCGUCGCAUUCUUAAACUUGAUUCUCCACUAGCGGCUGCCAAGUCGAGCGAGCGGCCAUUAUACUCAUAA